AACAAGGGCAAGUAACUCUAUUAUGUUGACAUGAUCAAACUUGUAACUGUGUCGCGGUUCGCUUGAAAGAAAACACACUUGUACCCAAAAGAUGACCCUUGUUGAAUAACAUUAAUGGGAUUAAUGGAUCAAAGCUGACAAUGGCGAAUAAAGAAAAAGACCAACGAGUUAUCAACCUCGCUAACCUUGUUGCAGAUACACGCGAGAGAAAACUGCCUCUGACGUUGUUGAAGCUAAAAGAUAUUUUGGACACUGCUGAAGCAGGUGAGGUUGACUUUGUGCGACUGCGGCGAGAAGUAUGGGAGUACAACCUGCUGCAGGUGCUCAUCCUCGUCCUCAGACAGGACUUCAGCAUCAUCCCAGGGGAGUGGAGGACAGCUGUCAGGCUGGUGGACUUGCUCAGUCAGGCAAGUUCUGGUCUGAACCUUCCUCGUCAAGAGAUGCGGCAGUUUCAAGAGCACCAUCUGCCUCGAGCGCUUGAUUACAUUUUCCUGCUGACUCGGCGGAUACAGGCCCAGAUUACAGCACUCAAACAGGAUGAAGUGGACCAGCCGGAGAGGAAGAAGAUGGAGUACACGGGUUACAUUAAGGCCAUCAUGGAGUCUGUGGUGUACCUCGCCAGUGGCUAUGUCACAUUAGUUGCUGAGAUUUUGAAGUCUCCGUGGCUACUCCAGCUGCUGAUAACAGAUGAGCCGGAUACGGUGGUAGCAGUUAUCACCAUGAUGGACAAGGUUAUCAGGGCAUAUGGUGUUGCUUUGUCACAAAUUGACCAGAAAAUCGUCUACAGCAUCUUGGAUGAACUGAUUUACAAGAUCUCAGUAAACAACAAUGUGGCUGUUGGAGCGGCAGCUACCAAGUGUAUCUUGAAGAUCUGUGAUGCAUUCAGACUGAUCGUGGAUGUCCUGUGUACAAGAUACAAGGGUCUACGGCCAUUACUAGGGAAGUGGCAUGGCAAGGGGUUUGCCAGAGAGCUGAAGCAGCUGUUGGUUCUCCUCGACACUGGAAGUGCUAAAAAGGCAGAGAUGGAGAAAUACCAUCUGGCAGCAAUCUAUCUGCAAGCAUGUUGGAAGGGAUGCAUUACAAGAAUCAAACUUAGGAGGGCAAAUGCGGCUUUCAAGAAGUUUCAGAGAACGUACAGACUCAAGAAGGAGAAAGAAGAACGGUUCCGAGAACAGACGAAGAUAGAUGCCGAGUUUUACCACCAUCUGAAACUUAACAGACAGCGGAUCAUGAGGGAGUUCAAGGAGAGACGCCUCCACUUGAUAGAAAUAAUGCCAGCAGUGCAGAUACCCAGGUUUCUGCAGAGAGAACAAUCUGAUGCCGCUGUCAAGAUUCAAACAAUGUGGAGGGGCCACAAAGAGAGGAAUCGACUUCCAGGUCGUCAGGAGGUCGCACGACAGGUCAAGGCUGUCAUAAAGAUACAGAGAACAGUGCGGAGGUGGAUGGACCGGCUGGACAAGAGGCGGGAAGAUGUCACCAUCUCCCUCAAACCCCCUGGCCUCACUGACGUGAAGCGGUUAGAGCUGCAUCAGCAGAUUGAGAACUGGCGGGAGAGCAACCCGACUCCCAGUAAGACCCCCGAGGAGCUGCUGGAGAUUCACACAAAGGCUGCCGAGAUGCUACAUCAUCAUUAUGCCAGUGUGCGCUCACAGCGACGCACACAGCAACAGCGAGAUGCCCUCAUUGCUCGUCUUGACACCGAUUCGGAGCUCAUACUGUUGGCACCGCCCCUGAAGUCUGUGACACAGAAGGAUGUCCACAUGUACACCAGCAGAUCGGUGCCAGUUGGUGCCAAGGCUCGCUCCAACCAUGUAGAGACGAUGAAGCGGCUACAGCUCCCCUGGUGGAAGAGACUGGGCGAGGAAGAUGAGGAGGCGGCAGAUUUUGAGAUGUACCAGGAGGAUAUCAUCUUCUAGUAGAAACAACAACAACAUUGCUUUUCUUUCGUCGUUUCAUACGUUCCAGGAAGAU